CAUCAUCCCCGCCGCGGUCGCGCCCGCGCGUACCAACCCACCCCGCUUCUCCCCUCCCCGACUCCCCGUCCUUUUCACCAAGGUUCCAUCCUCCGCGCGGCACCCGUGACCCCCGUCCGCGGCCGCUCCCGUUGUCCCCGCCGCCGGCUGACCAAUUCCACCAUUCGGCUCCACGUUUCUUUUCGAAAUAACUAGUCCGAUUCCAUAUAUUUCGAAUCGAUUCCGUCGUCACGCUCACGCGGCAGCACCGCUCACCCCCCGCGCCGGUCGCGUCCAGUCCACCACCGCUGGGCCUCCGCGCAAUUCCACCGGCAAAAGCAGUGUGGAGUACCGACUAGAGAGGAGAGUCUCGGACCCGCCGCACCCCCGAACCCUACGCUACGCUGCGGGGAGCUCUCACGUCGCGCUCGCGCUCGCGCCUGCCCAUGGACCGCCUCGCAGACGGCCUCGCCGCGGCAUCCCUCUCCGACACGGCGGACCAGAGCGCCGCCGCCGCCGCCGCAGGUGUGCCUAGCGCCGAUUACCUCCGCAGCGUCAUGCGCGCCGUCGAGGGCGCCGAGGCCACCAUGCGCAGCCAGAUGGAAGAGAAUAACCGGCUCAAGGAAGAGCUGAUGAGGAAAACACAACAGUUACAGAGGAUGAGGGAAGAUGCUACAUCCCAAAGUCCAUUGAGUGGAUUAGAUCAAGAGCGAAAUUCUGUUUCUAAUAAAAUGGAUGGCUCCAACUCUUCAGUAAAUCCUCAAAGUAGCUUGAUCCAUCGUCAGAAUGGAAGUUUUGAAAGUAGGGAGCCUCUGACUCAGGAAAGCUUGAAACAAAAAUACAUUGACAGUCCCCAGGCAAAUGGAGCAUUUAAAAGAUCAUUAGGAGAACAGACUGCUGUUGAUAGUGGUGGCCCAUCACAAUUCUCUACUCCCUCAUCUCGGUCCCUUUCUCCAAAUAGGCAUAAAAAAGAUGGAGAAUAUGAUUCUAGGUUAUUACCAGUUUCAGAGAUGAACUCGAACAUAUCCUGGAAGCAGGACCUUACUGUUAAGGUCAAAGAAGGGGAAGAAGAGAUUGCACAAUUAAGAAAGCAUCUUGCUGAUUACUCUGUGAAGGAAGCGCAGAUACUCGAUGAUAAAUACAAGUUGGAAAAACGGAUUGCUUAUAUGCGUAUGGCAUUUGACCAGCAGCAGCAAGAUUUGAUUGAUGCAGCGUCAAAAGCUUUGUCAUACCGGCAAGACAUUAUUGAGGAAAACAUCCGUCUCACAUACGCGUUGCAGGCAGCCCAACAAGAAAGAUCAAUUUUCAUAUCUUCUUUGCUCCCCCUUCUAUCUGAAUAUGAUGACCUCCAGCCUUCAGUUCUCGAUGCUCAGUCAAUUGUUAGUAAUUUAAAGGUUUUGUUUAAGCAUUUGCAGGAGCGACUUAUUGUUACCGAGGACAGAUUAAGGGAGUCUCGGUACCAGAUUACUCCAUGGCAUACUGAAUUGUCGCAUAAUACCAGCAAUCCUGUAUCUACUGAUCCUCCUGCUGGAAAAGCAUUGGUGACUACAAGCAAACACAGCCUUGAUAUUGUCCCCCAGACAGUGUAUCCUCACAUACAAUCCCCAAUGUCUUCCCCUGUUCAAGCUAGAGGUGAUUGGGGUGCAUUCAGUAACAAAAACCGUCAAGAUAUUUCAAAUGAGGUUCCUACAAGAAGUGCUGGACAUGAUGACAUGGGAGGGACCUCUCUUUCAAGCAGAAACCAAUAUAGGACUGAUGUUCCUACUCAAGUAUCUCAAGGUCCUUCCCAUGCUGUUCAUUUUGACUUUGAGACUCAGAGUCAAGACCCACCAUUCAAGGGUCUUAGCAGAAAUGAUGUACUGGAUGGUUCAGAGAGUGCUGAAACCCAAAAUACACAAGAACCUUCUACUCAAUGGGGUCCAGGGGACUCAUCUAAUUUGGUAUCUGGCCUUGAGGAUGCAAACCCUUCAUAUCCUUAUCUUCCUACAGUUCUUGAGGAGCCUGGUUCUUCUUUCUCUGAAGCUGCAGAGGAUGAUCCAUUGCCAGGGAUAGAAGGGCUUCGAAUCACAGGUGAACCUUUUCCUGGACGAGAACUUCAAGCAAGUGGAUACCCCACCAAUGGUACCACAACUUGUAAUUUUGAGUGGGUGCGCCAUUUAGAAGAUGGCUCCGUAAAUUUCAUAGAAGGAGCAAAGCAGCCUAGCUAUGUCGUUACUGCUGAUGACGUGGACACUUUACUUGCCAUUGAAGUCCAGCCCCUAGAUGAUAGGAAAAGAAAGGGAGACUUUAUCAAGGUUUAUGCUAACGACCAGAGAAAAAUUUCAUGUGAUCCUGAAACGAAGGAGCUUAUUAAGAGAACCCUUGAAAUUGGGCAUGUGACCUACGAAGUCCAAGUCCAACUGCCUGUCAGAUUUUUAGACAUAUGGGAACCAGCUGUUUUGGCAAUAAAGAGGGAGGGUUACAGCAUUAAAUGUAAUGGACAGCGUGGUGUUGUUAUCACAGAGAAGUUUCAGCAAGGCACUGCUAUUCAUAUUCCAUAUGGGCAUCCAACAGAGUUCUUGAUUACAUCUGCUGCAUCUGCUGAUGGUGUCAGUUAUAAUCUGAAGCCAGUAGAAAAUACACUGUUGCGGGAUACCAUUGUUCUAGUAUUAAGGUUGUUCAAAAAUAUGGCUCUUGAGAGGAGAAGAGGAAGAAAGAAGGGUCUUUUCUUCAAGUAGUUUCAGCUAUAUUAUACUUGUUUAUAUGCUUCUUCUAAUGUAUGUAGCAUUUUGGUUGAUUGGCAGUGGUGCAUAAGUGGUGUUUUAUUCAGUGUAAAAAUUCUAAACGAUUUUGCUGUAAAACAAACCAAAAUACCAACUACACAUGUUAAUAUUUCAUGCCCCCUCAGAAGAGCUAGAGUUCUGCCAUUACGAGUGCAGCUGUGCCUUUGGCUUCCAAA